UGAAAUUAUUGAUAUGAAGAAAGCAUGUUAAAAACUGAAAACUUUUUCUUACGAAGAUUCCUGUGUUGUUUUCGACAAUUUGGUCAUUCCCAUGCCUCCAAAACAGAGGAGGCACAAGGAGCAAGUAGUGACAGUGAAAUAUUGGACUCCAGUGGAACAAAGGACGAAGUUAGGAAUGGAAAACCUUUAUCCAACGGAAGUGUGCAAUCAGAGGGAAAAGACAAGAAACAUGAGAAAGACAGGGUUGAAUUCCCACAAGAAUCGGAUCAAAGGAAACUUAACCAAUUAUUUGAUGCCUUUAGAGUGCCCAAAACCAAAGAGCUUUCAAGUAAAUCUCACUCAACAGUGAGAAAAGUGACAUCUAAAAAAUAUGAGGAAUCUGAUUCCGAUUCAGACUCUUCGGUGUCAACAGACACAGAGAAAAAUCAAGAGGAAGUCCGAAAAUCUUUGCCCAGCGGGAAAGUGGAUAGUGUCGAUAGUGCCAGUAAAAAUAUCUCAGCAUCAAGCUCUGGGACAGAUAUACACAAAAGUAAUGUUUCAAAGGAUAAAAACUUACAGAGAAACUUUUCUGAUGAUUCGGUUCAAACACUUGUGUCGGACGAGGUUCCAUUUUCGAAAAGUAGCACAGAGACGCAGAUUAAAGUAGAUGUACAUUCUGAUGAAUCAAACUCACCAACAUUGUCAGUAAGUAAACAAAGUGAAGUGAAAUCAAAGGUGGUGGAGGAUAUUGUGAAAAACAGAUCACCCAGUCAGAAAAAGACUGCCACAGAGAUGAUAAUGGCCAUGAAAAGUACAAGCCCCUCAUUAACUCCCAAUCAAAACCACCAAAGUAAUUCUCACCAUGUAGAUCCCAGGAGGUAUAUGCCAGGGAGAUCCCCUUCCCCCUACUCUUUUGACAGUAUUCCUUCAUCCCAUGCAAAUUCACCUUUACCUGUGAAAAAGAGGGACAGUCACGUUAGUAGAGAAUCAUCCGACACGGAUUCUACGUCUCGGAUGAGUACUGCGGAUUACAGCGGUACGGAAUCCUCUCACGUUCGUGAGAGCAGUAGUGGUGCUGAAGAUUAUGUGGUAGAAGAACUAUCUAAAGUUAGAUUUCGACGGAUGUCCAAAAAUUACGUGGAGAAAAGAAAGACGAAAAGUCCACCUCCUGGGUGUGAUCCCUCUGUUGUAGGUGUAGUGAGAGAGGGGCAGUUGGGCAACUCUCCUGUAGACAUAUCUAAAAAUAUUUCCCCUUCUAAGUCCCCCCAAGUAUCUCCCCAAAAUGUCUCCCAAAAGGUCCCAGAUCACCAUCAGUUUGUGAGAAUAUUGGACACGUCUGAUUGUGAAGUUCCUUCCAAUGUGUCUUCAGAUUUAUCAUUGUUUGACAUUGAGAGAGACUGUCACUUGGAUCCUGAAGUGUAUGAUAUCAGUGAUUUAGCGAAAGUCUCCAGAUCCAUUCUGACACAGCCGCAGUCAGACUUAGGUCCUCUAGGGAGAAAGAAAUCUCCCAGACCACAGAAAAAGGAGAGACAAAAGAGUGCAAGUGUUCAGGAACAGUCUGUGAGUGGAGGUGAAGGAAAAUGUGUUAAAUUAAAACAAGAACAUGUUCACCAUAUACAAAACACAAACAUUAGUUCAAAACAAGAAAAAAAUUCUAAGAAUUCAAAGUCUAAUAAUGUGAAACCAAAAGAAGAUACGACUGAAUCUGCAGUGUCAAAGAAGUUGAUCAUGUUCAACCCAGAUGACCUGGAAUCUGACUCCACUGAUUCUAACCAGGAAAUGGAUUUAAAAACAAAUCUGAAAACAAAUCUUGCAACCAAUCAAAAUAUGGAUCUUGUGACCAGUCAGAAAACAGCUCACACAACCAGUCAGAAGACAGAUCUACCAACCAAUCAGAAAACAGAUAUUUCAACAGAGAGAAACAAGAAUUCUAUUACACAGAAACAGGGCCUUCAAAAGGGCAGUGCUCAAGGCCCUAAUGAAGAAAUCAUUUUAGCAAAAGGAUUACAAGAAAAUGAUGAGGGUCAGGAGAAAUAUCAGGAAGUUGUCAAUGAAGAUAUUGCUCUUGAUGAUUCUGGUAAACAUGACAGCUUUGAUUCACUGCUGGAGUCUUCACUCUUUCAGAAUUUCAGGUUAUCCUCCAUUGAUGACAGGCAGAAUAGGUUUGAAUCAAUUGAGAGUUUCAAUCUUUCUCCUCUGACACCUCUGUCUGACAGCAAGAUUGGAACCAAACCACAGACAUAUACUUUAGCUUUUGUAAAUGACAGUGUUUGGACAAAUGAAAGCUCAGAAAAUGUUGGAACAACUGAAGAAGACUUUGAUGAAAUCUUCAACAAAGCUGUAACUGAUCUAGAAUCAAAUGAACCAAAAAGAAAACCUGUUCGAAAGAGAAGGAAAAAAUCUCUUAGGCCAAGUACUGGCAGCAACAAAGACCUUGAGGAAAUUGCAGAAAAUGUGGAGGAUGGUGUAGAAGAAAGUACUAGAAGCUUCGAAAAGGAAUUUGGAGAGCACCAUGAAUUCCGGUUCUCUGUUGAUGAAAGCCCACAGGGCCAGGAACGUAAUGGUGAGGAAUCAGAAGAUUUCAAAGAAGAAGUACAGAAAGCAAAGGAAAGUGAAAGUUUGUCAUCUCUGUGGAGGUUUGAGGAUGACUCACUGAAAGAUGAGUUUCAUCAAGUGUUUGGAAGUGUCCAAGAGUCACCACAAAAGCCAACUUAUGCACAGAAUAGAGCAUUCCUUCGAAAAACAUUUGCUACAUCGACUGAUUCUCUGAGCACAGAAUCAGAUGCACUAAGUGUUAUUCAGGAGGAGAAUAAUAGCAGUGACAAUAGCAAUGAAGAUUUAGAAGUGCAUUUGCAUGAUAUUAAAGAGGAGGAGGAUACUGCAUUAUUAACAGAAUGUGCAGAAAGUAAUGUUGAAGAAGUGCAUAUUGACAGUCAAAACAAAAAUGAGGUAAUUUUUGAUGAUUCAGAAGGAAUAGAUGAAAAUAUAAUACUCACUGAAAUGGCUGAUAAAAUGAAUACUGAAGUAGAAGCAGAGAGAGAAAUAGAUACUCUGACAAAUACCAAUGUGAUAGUUUUAGACUCAAGUUUAAAUGAACAGUCUUCUACUGACUAUCUUGAAGAAGAAGUGAUUGAUGUAAAAGAUUUGAAUAAAAAAUACACCAGCAAUUGCAAUGAUUUGCAAACUUCUCCUGUUCAUGAAAAAGUGGAAAACAGUGAGGUUCAUAAUACAGAAAGCAGUCUUGGCAAGAUGUUGCUGACUUCAAGCAAGAUUGCAAUGAUGACCUUACAAACCUCUGAAUCUCCAGCUGAUAAGUCUGUUACCUCCACUGAGAACUUGGUGUCUUCCCUGGAAGCAGAAGUAUGUUUGGAUGAAGAAGAUUCCCAAGCAAGUGAGGACCUCCUGCUGCAACAGAUCAUCCAAAGCCAAAAUAACAGAGAGGACAACAAUGUGCAUGACUCUUCUCCGAACAGCCAAACCGAAAAAGUCAGAAAAAGAACCAAAAGCAAACAGUUGGUUCAGGAAUGGCUUCAGACAGAUGUUCCCGGGGAAGUCAUGGGAGAUGUCCCUGCCGACAUACCUAGUCCUCUGAUGGAGGAUUGGCUUUUGAGGGAGGGUUCUGAGGGGGUUGUUCCUCCCACACCUGCCCCUGCCCUUGCCCCUCUCUCCCGACCUAUAUCAGAAGGUGGUCAGAAAUCUGCUGACUCUUACCCCAGCACUGUUCCUUUUGUCCCCAUUCUUCAGAUAGAGGAACACUCAGAGAGAGCAGAGGGAGGAACCACCCGCCUGUCCCCCCGGGCAAGUUCAGAGGGGUCGGGAAGUUUUGAGGACAGCGGUCAUGUUAGUGGUGCUUCUACAGAAAACACUCCUGAGCAUCGCCGAACCGGCAGUGCAAUCAGUCAACUAUCAGUGCCUUCAUCCACCUUAUCCACAGUUACUGAUCGUUCAUCAGAGGACACAGACAUCGAUGACCUGGUGGCCUCCCAUCGUUGCCUUAGCGCCAGUAGUCGUGGUAACCUCCUAUCAACAAUAGCUGAUAGUCGAGAAAGCAUCCUCAGUUUCUAUAGCAAUGCAGGUGAGGUGGAUUAUGGGAAGAUUCCUGUUACGGGGGAGAUAUGCUUUGGUCUGGAGUAUAACUACAGGACUGGAACGCUGGAGAUCCAGGUCAAACAAUGUAAAGGCCUGGCUCCGGCCGACACCAAAAGGAACAGAUCUGAUCCAUAUGUCAAAACUUACCUACUUCCUGACAAAACUCGAGGAGGAAAAAGGAAGACGCGCAUUAUGAAGAACACCUUAAAUCCAGUGUUUGAGCAGACUCUAAGGUACUUAAUUUCUAAGAGUGAGCUGGAGAACAGGACUUUGUGGGUCACGGUGUGGCACAAUGACCGGUUCGGACGCAACGACUUCCUGGGAGAGGUCACCAUCAACUUUGAUUACUUUCGGUUCUCUGAUUCUUCAGCCAAGUGGUACCCACUUCAAGAGAGGAAAGGAAAAAGGACAUUACUGAUUGAGUCCCAGCCUACUGCCAAUCUAACAUACAAGGGAGACUUAUUCUUAAGCAUGAAGUUUGUACCACCAGAAAAAGUCAGGAAAGAGGACACAGUGACAUCUCCUUCCAAGAAAAAGGUCAAGAGGGGAAGAUCAGAGGUCGGAGGUCCAAAGGGUCAACUCCAUGUUCUGAUUAAAGAGGCCAGAAACCUGAGUGCUGUCAGGAGCAGUGGCUUUUCUGAUCCUUUUGUUAAAGGGUACUUGUUGCCAGACAAGCAGAAAGGCCUGAAGCAGAAGACAUCCGUGGUCAAACGCAACUGUAACCCGCAGUGGAACCACACGUUUAUGUUUGAUGACGUGUCCAAGUCAGAUCUCAAGGAAAGAUGUCUGGAACUCACUGUGUGGGACCACGACAAACUCAGCAGCAACGAGUUCCUGGGGGGACUCAGAUUUAAUCUAGGUGUUGGUAAAAGUUAUGGAAAGCCAGUGGAUUGGAUGGACGCCCAUGGAGAGGAAAUUUCAAUGUGGCAGGCCAUGCUGGACCGACCCAAUAUUUGGAUAGACUGUGCCCUAAUGUUACGACCGAAUAUGGACAAACGCAAAUAUUAGACAAUUUCACCGACUCAAUAUCUGGAUAUAAUGUGCCCUUAUGUUACGACCGAACAUGGACAAACGCAAAUAUUAGACAACUUCACCGACCCAAUAUCUGGAUAUAAUGUGCCCGUAUGUUAUGACCAAACAUGGACAAACACAAAUAUUAGACAAAAUCGCUGGCUGACCCAAUAUCUGGAUAGGCUGUGCCCUCAUGUUACGACCCAGCAUGGACAAACGCAAAUAUUAGACAAAAUCGCUGGCUGACCCAAUAUCUGGAUAGACUGUGCUCUUAUGUUGCGUCCAAACAUGGACAAAUGCAAAUAUUAGACAACAUUGCCGACCCAAAUACCCAAAUGUACCCUAAUAUUACGACCCAACAUGGAUAAACGCAAAUAUUAGAUAGCUUUUUUAAAAAAUACACAAUGCAGUAUGUACUUUUUUCUACAAAUUAGCAUUUUAAGCAAAA